UCGCCGCCCUGAAUCUCAUAAGGUCGCAGCCCAGCCCCGCUGAGGCCCGUCCACCGAGUCCACGGCCACCUGCACCAUGCCAAUGACGCUGGGUUACUGGGAACUCCGCGGGCUGGCUCACGCCAUCCGCCUGCUCCUGGAAUACACAGACUCGAGCUAUGAGGAAAAGACAUACACGAUGGGGGACGCUCCUGACUAUGACAGAAGCCAGUGGCUGAAUGAAAAAUUCAAGCUGGGCCUGGACUUUCCCAAUCUGCCCUACUUAAUCGAUGGGGCCAUCAAGAUCACCCAGAGCAACGCCAUCCUGCGCUACAUUGCCCGCAAGCACAACCUGUGUGGGGAGACAGAAGAGGAGAAGAUUCGUGUGGACAUUUUGGAGAACCAGGCUAUGGAUACCCGCAUGCAGAUGGCCACGGUCUGCUACAGCCCUGACUUUGAGAAACUGAAGCCCGAGUUCUUAGAGGGCCUCCCUGAAAAGAUGAAGCUGUACUCACAGUUCCUGGGGACACGGCCCUGGUUUGCAGGGGACAAGAUCACCUUUGUGGAUUUCCUCGCUUAUGAUGUCCUUGAUAUGCACCGUAUUAUGGAGCCCAAGUGCCUGGACGCGUUCCCCAACCUGAAGGACUUCAUGGCCCGUUUUGAGGGCCUGAAGAAGAUCUCUGCCUACUUGAAGACUGGCCGCUUCCUCCGAGGCCCUCUGUUUGGAAAGAUGGCCAAGUGGGGCAACAAAUAGUGCUCUGUGAUGCCAGGAGAUGGGAGAUGGAGCCAGAGCCGUGCCUGCUGCCGCGGCCCUGGAGAACAGCCAGAUUAGACUCCCUAAGCCACCUGCACCGGCCUUUUUGUUCCUUUAUUUUUCUUUCCACUUGUUUCUCCUCCCCAGGGACUUAUUGGUACCUUUUCUUCUAACCUGACCUGGCCCCUUACAGGCUCUUUACAGCUUCACCUCCACACUUUCCUUCCUCAAAGUCCCCCUGCUAACGUCGCCUGUCCCUGUCCUAACGCCAAGCUGACCAUCUUCCUCAUCACUGCUUGUCCCUGCUCUGAGAAGCCAGAACGGACCCCAAGAUCCCCAGCACUGCCCUGAAAGACCAGCACUGCCCGGUGUGCGGGCCCUGCUCCCCAGCUUGAUUCCCGUCUCAGCCCUGUCUAAUGCCCAAUAAAGCGUGAACGUUC